AUGAAUCUCUGGCGACAUAACCAUCAUCUUCGACAUCCUACAUCGUUCUAUUAUCUGAGCAUUUCUCAAAUGUCAUCGUCUUUUGCCGAAUGUCUUCCUUACGAAGGGUAUACUUUUGUCAAGGCAAACCCGGUCCCUGGCCAAGAUGCAAGUUGGCAUCGUGUGAAGCGCACGCCGAUGUGUCGAAGUCAGCCCGACUACUUCAACAUGAUACAAAAGCGGGCGACCAAGAAGUCCGCGGCGGUGCAAUACCAAAAGAUUUCGUCUAAUGCCAGGCGCGCCCAUAUAAAUCAAUUGAUAGACGAGCAAAGACAAAUGAAUCCCAUGGUGGAGUGGACCUGUGUUUACGUCAAAGAACAUGCAAAGCCAUCCAACGCUCCAAAUGCUCGUCGGGGGGACUAUGAGACUGUUUCUAUGGAUGUCAUCAUCAUGCAAAUCUCUAUGAAGCCCAUAUGUUUAAGGGCCUCGGCGGAGGGCCAAGUCGAUGCUGGCGCUGGAGUUCGACCACCACUGUGGCCUCAGCGCAGAGCUCAUCCUUUAAUGCUGGGGGGAAAUGCGAACUUGCCACGGCCUAUGAUCGCAGGACCACAGUCUCCGAGAGUGGUGCUAGAUGAUCGCUGUGAAAACUCAGAAGUUCAUGGAGAAAGUCCAAUGAGAGCUCAACCACAGCCUCAGGAGCCCAAGCAAUCGACUACAACCACGCCUAAUCCGGCGUUCAGUGCAAUGGGUAGCAGCGACAUGGACUCUGAUCAUACUUCAGGCUCAUCGGAGGAUAGCAGCAGUUCAGAUGAUGACAUGCUAUUCAAUUCACCCGAUGAAGGCUCCGAAACAGACGAUUCAAUUGGUCCGGAUGUUGAGCAACAAGCAGCUCCCCCAAAGAGGCCCCUGGUUCAUUCACAAAGCAACCCGCUUCAUUGGGGAGCGAGCUAUGGACCUCGUUCUCGGUCUUGUGGAAAGCCUCACAGCCGUAGCCUUGAUAGAAGACUUGAUCGAAGACUUCCGGCCCGCGAACAGUAUGAGACAUCUACUGCCAAGAGCAUUGGACCUAUGAGGUCCGAAAGGGCUAGAUCUAGAGGUUCCGUGUCCGGAAGAAAGUAUCGGAAGCAACUGAUGAGUGACCAUGAGGUUCGAAGUCGGAAGCUCGACCAUCGCGAAGCGAAUAUUGGACAUCGAGAGAGACAGCUCAAAAGAACUUUGUAUGGACCUCACCAGCUUGAGCUCCAGCCAUCCAGUGACCGCCCUGCCGUUUGUCGUUGUACCUGCCGUUGCGCUAUGCGGGGAGAGAAAGUGGAUUGA